GUGGUGUAAGGUGUUCUGUGGUAUAAUACAAUAUAUUUAGAAUGGGUGUUUAAAAAAAGAAAUUUUUGAAGUUAAACUUUAAAGUUAAUUUAAUUAAAACAUCUCUAAUGCAUUUUAAAUUUAGUUAUACAUAUUAGGACCACAGACCUCUUAAUGUUAAAUAAACCGUACAAAUCAAAAAGUGGAAAAUUAUCACCGAGUCCAAAAAAGUCAAAGGAGUCCUAUUGUUGAUGCCCUUAAUUGUAUUCGUGACGACACAUCAAUAAUGCGGUGCUGCGUGCCUUUCUGCGAAAAUACUUCCGACAAUAUGUCGACAUCUGAGAGAACGGGAAUUACCUUUCAUGGAUUACCCAGUGAAGGCAAUCUCCGUACUGCUUGGCUCAGAGCCCUCGGCACACAAGACCAUCACCUGCCCGACCCUGCUGUGGUCUGCUCCCAGCACUUCCUAGAUGAUGACUUUUAUACAACAGAGAGUUGUGUGCGGCAGAUUCACUCUAAUGCUGUUCCUUCAAUAGUGCAGAUGUGCAUGAUAUGCCUGGACUCUGACAGCAAGCUGUCUCUAAUGAGUAAACACAAGUUGGAGGAGGCAUAUGAACAGCUGACUGGACUGUCUUUGUUUCAGUUGUGUCGUCGAGGAAACCUAAAGCAAACGCUCUGUGUGAUGUGUGCUCAGAGAUUGAUCAACUUCAGCAGAUUUAGAGACUUGAGCUUGAGAGCCCAUUCACUGCUGACAGACUCAGUUGAACAACAUGCAUCAAAUACUAUACAACACAAAGAAUUGAUGAACUGCACAAGUGCACAUCUGAAGUGUAAUUUGACACAAACAACAUUAGGAGCUAACCAUUGUGACUUGUACAUAGAUCACACUGAUGGAGAGGAAUCUGUAGUGGGAGAUGUUGCAACAGUUGUGGUGAAGAAUGAAAACAGUUCUGACUCCAUGUCGAGUGCUGAUAACUUGGAAUUGGCACAAGAAGAUGACAAUCACAUAGACAAUUCCAACAAUGAGUGUGCAUCUGAUGAUGAAUACUCUGACAUGAGCAUAGAGUUGGAGUCUAGGCUACUGGAUGAAGCUAUAAGUCAAGCUCUUCGUAGGAAAGCAGACCAUGUGGCCGCAACACAGAGUUCCAUAAAGAGUGAAAGUGAUAUCUUCCAAUGUGAAUUUUGUUUUGAGGACUUUGUGCAAGAACUUGCAUACAAGGAACAUAUGAGCAAGCAUCUCCAGAGUGCUGCCAGCGAAACUGCAUGUGCGUCGUUGCAAGUGUGCGAGCCUCGUGAAGCUGUGAGCCGCAGCUGUGACUCACUCGUGCUGCAGAACAAAACAGGAAGUCAGAGGCUGAAUGAUGACCCUCCCCCGUCUGCAGACUGCGCUCAGGCUUUAGUGGCUCCACUGUCCGCGAGACUUGCGGCAAACAACGAUAACAAAGUGCAGGCAACUGAAGAAGCAGGUGCGAUCCAGAAAAGCGAACAAAUCCUUGAAACUAACAUCGACCAACUGGACAAGCGAUCAUCUCAGAGCGGCACCAAACCAUACACAGAUUGUGUAGUCCAGUUAUACGACAUAUUCAAGAAACCCAAACAAGCUGUACCAGAUGAGAAACCACGCGUGAGAAUCCACACUGCCAAGCCUUACUCUUGUCAGAUAUUGAACUAUAAAUGUGCACCAACAAGUCGAAUAUUGAAACACAAGAUGACCCACACUGAGGAAAAGCCAUUUUCCUGUGAAUUAUGCAACUACAAAAGUGCCCGAAAACAGGGUUUAUUGCAGCAUCUUAAAACCCACACUGGUGAAAAGCCAUAUUCUUGUGAGAUAUGCAAAUACAAAUGUGCCCGAAAACAGAAUUUAUUUCAUCAUAUUAAAAUCCACACUGGUGAAAAGCCAUUUUCUUGUGACAUAUGCAAAUACAAAUGUUCGCAAAAAAGUAGUUUAUUAAGACACAAGAGGACCCACACUGGUGGGAAGCCAUUUUCUUGUAAGGUAUGCGAAUACAAAUGUGCACAAAAAUGGAUUUUGUUACAGCAUAUUAAAACUCACACUGGUGAAAAGCCAUUUUGUUGUGAUAUAUGCCAUUACAAAUGUGCACAAAAAUGGAUUUUAUUACAGCAUAUUAAAACUCACACUGGAGAAAGGUCAUUUACUUGUGACAUAUGCAAUUACAAAUGUGCACGAAAAAGUAGUUUAUUACGGCAUAAUAAAACCCACACUGGCGAAAAGCCAUUUUCAUGUGAGUUAUGCAAUUACAAAUGUUCACAAAAAUGUACUUUAGUACGACAUAUAAAAACCCACACUGGUAAAAAGCCAUUUUCUUGUGAGAUAUGCAAUUUCAAAUGUGCACAUAAAAGUAAUUUAUUACGGCAUAUUAAAACUCACACUGGUGAAUAUUGUUUACUCUGUGCGGCGCUCAAAGCAGAGCAGUACCUAUCAGUUGAGGACUAUUGUAUUCGUGACGACACACCAAUAAUGCGGUGCUGCGUGCCCUUCUGCGAAAAUACUUCCGACAAUAUGUCAACAUCUGAGAGAACGGGAAUCACCUUUCAUGCUGAAGGCAAUCUCCGUACUGCUUGGAUCAGAGCCCUCGGCACACAAGACCAUCACCUGCCCGACCCUGCUGUGGUCUGCUCCCAGCACUUCCUAGAUGAUGACUUUUAUACAACAGAGAGUUGUGUGCGGCAGAUUCACUCUAAUGCUGUUCCUUCAAUAGUGCAGAUGUGCAUGAUAUGCCUGGACUCUGACAGCAAGCUGUCUCUAAUGAGUAAACACAAGUUGGAGGAGGCAUAUGAACAGCUGACUGGUCUGUCUUUGUUUCAGUUGUGUCGUCGAGGAAACCUGAAGCAAAUGCUCUGUGUGAUGUGUGCUCAGAGAUUGAUCAACUUCAGCAGAUUUAGAGACUUGAGCUUGAGAGCCCAUUCACUGCUGACGGACUCAGUUGAACAAAAUAAAUUAAUUAAUAUACAACAUAAGGAACCUAUGAACCGUACUAUGAAACAUCUGCAGUGUAAGUUAACACAGACAACAUUAGCAGCAAACUACUGUGACUUGUACAUAAAUCACAUCGAUGAGGAACGGACAGCAGCAGAGGAAUCUGUCAGAGAUGUAACAUUUGUGCUGAAGCGUGAAGACAGUUCUGACUCCAUGUCAAAUGCUGAUAACUCAGAAUCGGUACACAAAGAUGACAAUUCCAACAACGAGUGUGUAAAUAGAGAUGAAUUCUCUAACAUGAGCAUAAAGUUGGAGCCGAUGCAAGAUGAUGAAGCUCUACAUGAGGCUCUUCGUAUAAAAGAAGCAGCUUCCUGCAUUUCAGAAGAUGUGGUCGGAACAGAGAGUUACAUUAACAUAAAGAGUGAAAGUACAGUCUUCGGUUGUACGUUGUGCUAUGAAGACUUUGUGCAAGAAGAUGCAUACAAGGAACAUAUGAUCAUGCAUUUCCAGAACGAUGGCAGCAAUGCUGCAUGUCCUGCACAGCCACAUGCAGCUGUGAAGCGCAGCUGUGACUCACUCGUGCUGCAGAACAAAACAGGAAGUCAGAGGCUGAAUGAUGACCCUCCCCCGUCUGCAGACUGCGCUCAGGCUUUAGUGGCUCCACUGUCCGCGAGACUUGCGGCAAACAACGAUAACAAAGUGCAGGCAACUGAAGAAGCAGGUGCGAUCCAGAAAAGCGAACAAAUCCUUGAAACUAACAUCGACCAACUGGACAAGCGAUCAUCUCAGAGCGGCACCAAACCGUACACAGAUAUAAAUAGAUUCACAAAUUGUGUAGUCCAGUUAUACGACAUAUUCAAGAAACCCAAACAAGCUGUACUAGAUGAGAAACCACGCGUGAGAAUCCACACUGCUGCCAAGCCUUACUCUUGUCAGAUAUUGAACUAUAAAUGUACACCAACAAGUCGAAUAUUGAAACACAAGAUGACCCACCGUGGGGAAAAACCAUUUUCUUGUGAUAUAUGUAAUUACAAAUGUGCGCGAAAAGGUCAUUUAUUACAGCAUAUUAAAACCCACACUGGGGAAAAGUCAUUUUCCUGUGAGGUAUGCAACUAUAAAUUUGCACGAAAAUGUUCUUUAUUAAGGCAUAUUAAAACCCACACUGGUGAAAAACCAUUUUCCUGUGAUAUAUGCAAUUACAAAUGUACACAAAAAAGUCAUUUAUUACAACAUAUUAAAACCCACACUGGGGAAAAGCCAUUUUCCUGUGAGGUAUGCAACUAUAAAUGUGCACGAAAAUGUUCUUUAUUAGGGCAUAUUACAACCCACACUGGUGAAAAGCCAUUUUCCUGUGAUAUAUGCAAUUAUAAAUGUACACAAAAAAGUCAUUUAUUACGGCAUAAUAAAACCCACACUGGCGAAAAGCCAUUUUCAUGUGAGUUAUGCAAUUACAAAUGUUCACUAAAAUGUACUUUAGUACGACAUAUAAAAACCCACACUGGUAAAAAGCCAUUUUCUUGUGAGAUAUGCAAUUUCAAAUGUGCACAUAAAAGUAAUUUAUUACGGCAUAUUAAAACUCACACUGGUGAAUAGCCAUUU